AAGUAAAAUGAACUGAACACAGAGACACUUUGGUGAGAAUGCGUGAAUGUCGCCUCACUAGGCGUCACAUAGAAACUCUAAUUCCUGGACGUCCGAUCGAUGGAAGAGUUGUUGAAAUGGUGGCCAUGCGUAACACUUGCUCCAUCCAACACUUGAAUCAUCCAUACUUUUGGUGCCUUCCACCUCGUUUCGCUGAAGAUGUUAGUAAGGGGUUGUUGGUGGAUGAACUUGCUGAAACGUAUUUGCCAUUUUGGGUUAAGCCAAGUCGAUUUCUCAAUCGUAUUUUCAUCCCUGUCAAAGAAAUCUUCUUCCAUUGGUAUUGCGUCGUGGUUGACUUUGCUGAUAAAAUGGUAUACCACCUGGACUCGUAUCCAAAUUCAAACAAGAUUGCCGAUAGGGAAAGUCUAAUCCGCAACAUGGUUGAAAGGCUCCACGACUUGAUGACAUAUCCCGAUUAUGGUCCUCUUCGAGCAUUUACACCAACAGACCUUCGCGAGUGGCCAAUUAAGCAAGGGCAAGGGAUCCCAAACUGCAACACAAGUGAUAGUGCGGCAGCUUGGGUUAUUUCAUGGCUGGACCUAGAAGGAAGGUUUAAUGCGUUGGAAAUUAGCGGAGUGCUGGAUGAUUCAACUCUAAAAGGCAGGACCGCUGUUUCCCUGGCUGGUGGCCCUUUCAAUGCCAUUGGAAGCCUAGUUAGAAUGUGGGCUAAGCAGUGGCAGAGGCUUGGCAUCUCGAGGAAGUAAUUAACCGUCGUGGCAUCUAAGCAUUAUCUCCCUUUAAUGGCAUCAUUAGAAUUGUGUUUAGCUUAGUCUAUGUAGGGUUUAUUUUAAAGUUGUGUUUAUUUGUGUCUCAUGGUAGCUUAUACGCUCUUGAGAAUAAUAACGUGAAUUGGGUACGUACUGCAUAGUAUGGCCUAUCCUUCACAAGUGCUAUGUUCAUUGUGUUAUGUUGCAAUGUGUUGUUAACUAGUCAUUGAGGGUAGGGUC